AGGAAGUGGGUUGGACCGCGCGCCGAGCAGCGAAGCCGCGCGAGACAGAGUGCCCGCCGCCGCCGCCGAGUGCCCGCCUCUUCGACGUUCGUGUCGGCACCGUUCCGUUAGAGGGAGCCGGAGCAGGGCUCGGGACUAUGUCCCCCCGACACAUUGACGCCAGGUUACCAUGGGCGUGCGCUGUCCUAGUUGUCGCCCUCACGCUAUGUCGUCCUGUCGCGUCUGAGAAAGGUCUGGUGAAACCGGGCAACUGCCCGCGGCAUGUGCUGCCAUCUAGCCGCUGCGUCUGGAACCAGACGGACGAAUGCGUUUCCGACGCGGAGUGCAGCGGCGUCGCCAAAUGCUGCUCCACCGGCUGCGCCAAGUUCUGCGUGAUGCCGCUGUACACUGCGUGUGAACAGCAGCUGAAGUUCUCGCUGCGGAGGAGCCGUGCGCUGACGGGCGAGGCGGCCCGACGCGUGCGCAUCCCCGACUGCACCCCCGACGGCCAGUUCAGGCCGGUGCAGUGCGACCCGGUCAAGGAGAUCUGCUGGUGCGUCGACGACAACGGCUUCGAGCGGGCCGGCACGAGAGCGCGCUCGCUCGAGCUCACCAACUGCUCCAGGCAGGACGACUGCGCCUCGGUCAACUGCCCGCAUGUUGGUCCGUAUAGCUUCAGCUGA